CACAAACUUAUGUGGGCAUGUGGCCCCUCUUACCUGCUUCUGCGCUGUAAAAUAUUCGAGACAGCUUUGAUUCUUAUUAUUAUUAAUCAUAUCUCUUAUAAUUAUAGCAUUUCUUUCUUCUUCAUUGCUACCGCACAAGUCCACUAAUCACCUAGCCGCCGACACUCCCAAAAUGGCUUAUCUCCGGCGAGCAGCCGCCGCAUUGAUUAUUAUUAUGUUCCAACUCUUGUCUCUCUCAAACGCCCACAACAUAACCAAAAUCUUGGCCAAAGACCCUGACUUCUCCACUUUCAACCACUACCUCUCGGCCACCCAUCUCGCCGACGAGAUCAACCGCCGUCAAACCAUCACCGUCUUGGCCGUUGACAACUCAGCAAUGAACUCAAUCCUCUCCAAAGGCUACUCACUCUACACAAUCCGCAACAUUCUCUCCCUCCACGUCCUCGUAGAUUACUUCGGAGCCAAAAAGCUCCACCAGAUCACAGACGGCUCCACCUCCACCGCGUCCAUGUUCCAGUCCACCGGAUCCGCCACGGGAACUUCCGGCUACGUCAACAUCACCGACAUCAAAGGCGGGAAAGUUGCUUUCGGUGUCCAAGACGACGACAGUCAACUCACGGCUCGCUACAUCAAAUCCAUCUUCGAGAAGGCUUACAACAUCUCCGUCCUUCACAUCAGCCAAGUCUUGACCUCCCCGGAAGCAGAGGCCCCCACCGCGAGCCCUAGCGAUCUCAUCCUCACCUCCAUUCUCGAAAAGCAAGGAUGCAAAGCUUUCUCCGACAUGUUGAAAUCCACCGGAGCCGACAAGACGUUUCAAGACACCGUCGACGGAGGCUUGACGGUGUUCUGUCCUUCCGACAGCGCCGUCGGGAAAUUCGCGCCGAAGUUCAAAGCCCUCUCCGCUGCGAACAAGACGGCGUUGGUGUUGUACCACGGCAUGCCCGUUUACCAGUCGUUGCAGAUGCUUAGAUCAGGUAACGGCGCCGUUAACACGUUGGCGACUGAGGGUAACAACAAGUUUGACUUCACGGUUCAGAACGACGGAGAGGAAGUGACGCUUGAGACGGACGUUGUGACGGCGAAGUUAACGGGGACGUUAAAGGACCAAGAGCCGUUGAUUAUUUACAAGAUUGAUAAAGUUUUGUUGCCGAGAGAGAUCUAUAAGGCCGUUAAGGCGUCUGCUCCAGCACCUAAAUCAAGUAAGCACAAGCCUAAGAAUGCUGAGGCUGAUGAAGACGCUGAUGGACCCAGUGCCGAUGCUCCGUCGGACGAUGACGGUGAGGUUGCUGAUGAUAAAAACGGCGCCGUUCCAGUUACACGAACCAGUAUUAUUGUGACGGCGAUUGUGGGGCUCUGUUUCGGAGUUUGGCUCAUGUGAUGUGUUGUUGUUGGGAAUCUUGUUUCUUGAUUUUCUUGUUUUUGAUCUUUAUUGAUUUUCUUGUCGGACAAUGAGUUCAAUCAUUAAAUUCAUAAUCACUUAUUUCAUAUUUCAUUAUAUACAUUCAACAUUUUUUGUUUUUGUUUUUUUUUUUAUCAAAUAACAUUUUUUUUU